AUGUCGCAGUCCGGUUCUCUCGCGCUCAGCUCAUGGAUACCCGACUUGGUUACGCCUCACCCCAAUUCUUGGGUCGCAUUCAUUGCUUCAAUAUUUCGCGUUAUGGCAUAUAUGAUCCUUGCACCGAUAAUUAUCCUCACCAUCACGGAUAUUGCUGCAUGGGCAAUUGCACGCACUCUAGGAGCAAGUUUAGAUAGCGAUUCUAAUACGACCCAGAAACCAAAAGAGGCUCGCCUUGAUCACAUUGUGCAACCGGCCACCAAAACCGGCGAACGAGCCGAAAUCGCAAAAGUAGAUCUGGUACCCCAACUUGAAUUACCUCACUCGCCCUCCACUUUUGCCACAGAUUUGCGGUUUACGACCCCCGGGGAAGCCAACUACGAACUCUCGGGGUUAUUCUCGCCACCUAUUUCACGUGCCGGCUCACCGGGUAUAUCACUGUCAUCUCAUCGACUGAGGUCUUUCAGCACGAGCUUGUCUGCUGCGGGAUCAGAUAGUGAAGGUGCUAUCGGCGAAGGGAGAAUAAAUAAGAGGCACGGUUUAGGCAUGACGCCCAUGGAUGACGGGUUGCGCGCUUCGAAUGGGGACAUGACCAGGCGGCGAGCAGCCCGAAGUUCAUCUGAAUCAUGA